CCGUCACCGCCAGGCGAUGGCGGCCCCCGCUCCCGGCGGGGCCCUAGGCGUGGCACUCUGGGGCUCGGUACUGGUUCUGGCGGGGGCCUUGGACGCCAUGGGGCCUCACACAGCCGUCCGUCUGGCCGAGCUGCUGACCCCGGAGGAGUGCAGCCAUUUCCAGUCGCUUCUGAAGGCGCCGGACCCGGACGUUGAGGCCGAGCUGGCCAGACUUUCUGAGGAUCGGUUGGCCCAGGCGGAACCGUCGGGGCCCACGUCGGGGUCGCCGGGCCGGCGGCGGCGGCGGCGGCAGGCGACUGACCCCGAGGUUUCCGACGGCUGCCGGGAGGGGCUGGCAGCUUGGCUGGCCGCCGAGGCCCCGACCCUGCCCUGGGACCGCGUGGCCCGGGCCCUGCGGCGCUGCGGCCGCCCCGACGUGGCCCGGGAGCUGGGCAAGAACCUCCACCAGCAGGCGGCGCUGCAGCUGCGCCAGUCCGGGCAGCGCUACCAGCCCCCGGCGCCGGCUGGGGUCCCCGCGGCAGCCCCCGCCCCCGCCCCGGCCCCGGCCCCGGCCCCCGCCCCGGCCCCGCGCUCCCGCCGCGCCUCGGCCUCCGAGCCUAACUGGGACGAGCUGGAGCUGAUCGUGGAGCGGCUGCCGCAGGCCCCGUACGAGCGCAGCCCCGCAGGCUGGGCCGGGCCGCUGGCGCUCGGCUUCUUCGCUGGCUUCGUGGGGUCGCUGGGCGCCGGGGCGCUGCUCAUCCUGCUCACGCUGUGGAUCACGGGCGGCGACGGCGACGGCGACGGCGACGGCGAUGGGGUGCGGCCGGGCAGCCCCGGCCCGCCCGCCACCGCCCCUGCCCGGCGCGGGCCCGCGGAGGCGCACGGCUGGUGGGAGGCAAAGCCGCUCUUGACUGAAGAGCGGCUGGUGUCGCCGGGCGCCUGGGCCUGGGCUGCAGAUGGGCCGGAUCCUCCCGCACCCCAGUGCCCCCGGCUGUAAAGUGGGCACCGUCUGGGGGAGUGCUCCCUGCGACGUAUUAUAAAAGUCACAGAACCCACAAAGGAGGGAGCGAUCGGUUUGUUAGUUGGAAAUGACGGGCAUAUCCAGGGGCGCUGUAAAUAGAGAGGAAAGCCCGGGGCCAGCCUGCCAGGCGGGCAGGAGGCAGCCCCCCCCCCCCCCUUCUUGUCAGCGUGAGGACCUUAUUUUGAACUUAUUCUUCCACUAAGAGCUACCAUUUACUGAGCACUAACAAUGUGCCAGGCGCUAUGGCGAAGCAGUUACAUCGUUUGAUCUAAUUUCCAAAACCCAAGGCCGAAGGUAUUAACUCCGUUACACAUGGGAAACUCCGGUUAGGAGUCCCUAACCGCCUCUGGUGAGGGGCACAGGACGGCGUUGGAACCGGAGCUGCCGGAGCUGCAGGUGUGGCCCCAGAGGAAAUGGUCUGUGGGCAGUAAGGGGGCGUGGGAAGCAUAACGGGGCCAGAACAAAAUGCUGGCCGUGUUGGGGCGCCACAGCUAGAGGUGUGCCCACGCCCAGGGGCUGCUGCCAAGCUUCUCUCCCCAUCCUGGCAAGGCCUCGUGAGGGUCUCCCAAGAGCCCCAAACCUUUCCCACCCCCUGAAUGGCUGGGCACCGCCAGACCAAGCACCUCACACAGACUCUGCUCAGAUUAUGUGCCCGGGCCCCAGGGGAGGGCAGGAGGGCAGCGGUGGGGUCCUGCUGGGUGCGAGCGCGGGACUCCCCAUCCUCCCUGGGCGGAGGGGCUUCGGUGUGAGCGCGAUGACAGAAUGACAGGCCAGUCCAAGAGGAGAGUUGAAAACAGGAUUGACGUAACCCUUUAUUGCAAAUUCUAAAGUAAAAAGAUGUACAGUACAAAGUAAAAUUGAAAUUUCAGACUAUAAACUUCCAACCCACUUAUACAUUCUCAUUUCUCAAGCAUCUCUGCCAUUUCCGCAUAAACGGAACAGGGAACAAGUUGAGGCGGUGAGGGGAGGAGAUACAGCAAGGGAAAAAAAUUAAGUGUUUAGAAUAAUCACAAACCCCAGAAGCAAGUGAAAGGAAAGAUAUUUUCUCGACCUGCUGUCCUGGUGAUGAGAAGCGGGAGUGGUUGGAGCAGUGCAGUUUAAAAUGGCUCUCAGAAUAGCAGCAUUUAUGGUACCAUUUCAUCUUCCUUAAGUCCAAAUAACACUUCGCCCUUCCCUAGUGCCUUUGCCUCUGUAUCUCAAAACAUUUUACACAACAUUUAGUUAAAGCCUCACAACACCCCUGUGAGGUAGGUCAGUAUUAU